AUGCCUUACCUCGUCCAGAAAGGAAACACAAUCCACAUCCCUGCCGAAUUCCUCGGUGGCGAGAAGAGCAGCACGAUCACUGUGAACUGGAGUCAGAGGCUAUCAUCUCGCCAGCAAGAUUACUAUGUCUGCAACUAUAAGGUCAAAUCUGGUGGCGAAUCUGACGGCGUCAUCUACGUCCAAACCGACAAGCUCGAUGACUUGAAAGCGAAGAGGAUAGACGGAGGAGACUACACCUUCAGGGUCGACGAGUCGUUCCAAUACGGCCAGAAUCAAGAACAGACCAAGCGGUUCCUUGUCUUUCACAACAUGAACAAUUGGCCCUACCAGCAUCGUUUUGUUGAACCCACUAUCACUACGCUUGGAGCAGAGGCCAAGAAGUUCACUGGACCACUCGGCCUCAGUGACAGUGACGACGGAUGGAACCCUGCCGCUGACGUUGUUCAAGGUGUCGACAUGGUCGCCAGGAACUUUAUAGGGGAUUACUUGCACAGCUACUAG